AUGAAUCGUUUUUUAUUUCCCCGUUUAAAUUCAUCCAUAAUUCGUUUAUGUUAUCGUUCAACAUCAACAAAUUUUGGUUUAACAAAUCGUGAUCGAAAACGUUUUUAUAAAAAAGUAUCUGUUGUUGAAUCAUCACAAAUACCAACAAAAUAUGAAAUUUUACUUGAUCAACAUAAAUUAAAAACACCAUUAGGUAAUAUAAUAACAAUUGAAAAUGAAUUUCUUGCAUUAGCACUUGCACAAGAAUGGAAUCAACAAUAUAAAAAAAUUGAUUUAUCAUCAAUGCAUUUAUAUUCUUUAAUAAAUACAUUUAUUGAUAAUCCAUUAAAAUUUACAAAAAAUCAACUUAUAGAAAAAUUAAUGCAUUUUCUUGAUUGGGAUACAUUACUUUAUCGUUCAGAUCAACCAGAAGAACUUCGACAAUUACAAAUUAAAUCUUGGGAUCCAAUAUUAUUAUAUAUUAAUAAAGAAUUUCAUACAAAUUUUCAAUCAACAUAUGAUCUUCAUAUAAAAGAUCUUAUAAAUAAAAAUGAUCGAUAUAUAAUUGAAAAA